AUGUUCGACGACGACGACGACGAGACAGCAGCACUCGUUUCCCCAGAUCCAACCUGGCAAGCAAUCUUUCACGCAUCCAACCAAGUCGUCCUCUACAAUCCCACCAGCCAUGCUCUUGUUAUCCGACAGUCUCCUCAGCGUACUAGUAGAUCCGGUUGUCCAUACUGUAAACGACCCCUACCCCCAGAAUCUCAGGACGACUUGGACCCGGAGCCUCACUCUCGCGCAUCGAAUUACUUUCACUUGCUCUCCAUGGCAAAUGAUACCUGGUCGAGACCGUCGACGCCGCCACCUAUCGCCGAGGCUGAGUCCAGUGACGAAAGCACAAGUGCUUUCUCUGCAGAGGCCCUAGCAAAUGGGUAUUUCAAAGCUUUCUUCACCGAAGAGAGCAAGCUAGGAAUGGGUGCAAACGGAAGCGUAUACCUCUGUCAGCACGUCCUCGACGGAAAUCCACUGGGUCACUUUGCCGUCAAAAAGGUUGCAGUCGGGCAGUCCCACUCGUAUCUAUUAAACAUCCUUCGUGAAGUCCGUCUACUUGAACGACUUCAUCAUCCCAAUAUCAUAACUUACCAUCACUCUUGGCUCGAAAGUGCCCAGUUCUCUUCGUUCGGUCCCCGAGUUCCCACGUUACACAUUCUCAUGCAAUGGGCUGAAGGUGGAAGCCUCGACGACUUUAUUGAUGACCGUCUUGGACGCGAGACUCGGCACAUCCAUAUUAACCCAAGUGGCGCCUUGAACGGUACCAGCGCAACAUCAAACAUCCACUCGCGUUCAGCAAGGAUACGUGCAUACAGGGCAUUCCAGCGUGCCUCACCAGAGGAAAAGGAGCAACUCAGAAAACGUAUGAACGGACAAACGCAAGGAGUGCAAACAUGGACUGCAGUACAUCUCCUCAGUCCCGAGGAAGUCAAAAGCAUCUUCACUGACGUCGUAGAAGGAUUGGCCUUUCUGCACGACAAAUCCAUUUUGCACCUGGAUCUAAAACCUGGCAAUGUGUUGUUAACAUGGGAUGAAGGAAAACUAAUACCACGAGCCAUGUUAUCUGACUUUGGCACUUCCCGCGACAUGGUGAACACGUCCCAGGUUCGCUCGGGAAACACUGGAACGUUGGAAUACACCUCACCCGAAUCCCUACCAUCGCCUCAAACGGGCCUCCUUCGCCAAGUAGACUCCAAGUCCGAUAUGUGGUCACUCGGCAUGAUCCUACACAAGAUACUGUUCUUCAAAUUGCCGUACCAUUAUGCCGCGGCCGGCGACGCUAGCGAGGAGACGCUGAAUUCCCUCGCAGAGGGUGACAAAAUGGAUCGACUAGAGCAAGAAGUGUUGAACUAUCCUGGUUUCAAAAGAACACCAGCACUCGUUGCGGCAUUCGAAGGCCGCAAACUGCCGCGAGCGUACUUUGUUCUGCUAGAAACAUUACUCAAUCCCAAUCCGUCUGCACGACCGUCAUGCGAAAGGGUUCUAACUGCGAUCCGAGAAGGCAGACUGGAUCCGGUAAAAGAACCGCGGCGUACGCGGGCGGUAUCUGCUACAUCUUUGAUACAAGUGGUACGAAGACCGAGUCCCGAACCUACAGCAGAGCAGGCGGCGAAUGUUGUUGUUGACGAUCCUGAAGUCCCUGAAGAGGAGAAAGCGCCUUUACUGAGUCUUCCCGCGCCGGACGAGGAACCGCCGACAACUGUGGCCCCAAUAAAGCGGCUGAAAAUGACGCUUGUCGUGAGGACUGCCAAGUCGUGCAUCCUGGUUGUCAAGAUGCUCAAUCUGGCGACACUAUGUCCAGAGGGACACUUGCGGACUGUUGUUUUUAUCAUUGUAUUGAUUCUUGCAGUAGGACUAUGGGUAUCCAUCGUAUUUGGAUUACUCCACGUUUUGGUUGUACAAUUAGGAUGCUAG